GGGGGGGGGGGGGUGUCCUGGGGGUGUCCCUUGGGUGCUCCUGGGGGUGUCAGGCGCAGGAUGGGGGGGGCCGAGCUGCCCGGCAGGCUACCUGGUGGACGAGGGCAGCGGGAGGCUCUUCAAGCUGGGGGGGCUGCUGGGGGAGGGGGCUUUCGGGCGCUGCUAUCGCCUGAGCGAGGUGGGCAGCGGCAGGGGCUACGCGGCCAAGGUGAUCCCACGGGCUCGGCUCAAGGAUCCGGGGGUGGCGGAGAGGGUGCAGCGGGAGCAGGAGCUGCAGGCCCCUGCGCCACCCGCCACUUCCUGCGCCUGCACGGCCACCUGGCCACCCGCAAGCCACCUCUACCUGCUGCUGGAGCUCUGCGGCCGCAGGUCCCUGGCUGACAUCCUGCGUGCCCGGGGGGUGCUGACGGAGCCGGAGGCGCGCUAUAUUACCUUCGGCAGGGCGGCGAGGGGCUAGCUACC